CUAAUUCUCUUGCGCGAACCCUAAACCGUCUCUAUAUACUUUCCCAAAACCCUAGCCCUCCUCUCGCGAUCUUCUUCCUCUUCAGCGAGCAAAGGCGCUCAGAUCUCGGGAGUCUCAGUUCUCUUCACUCAAUCAAAAUGGGGAAGACUCGUGGUAUGGGAGCUGGGCGCAAGCUGAAGACCCACCGAAGGAACCAAAGGUGGGCUGAUAAGGCAUAUAAGAAAAGUCACCUUGGUAAUGAGUGGAAGAAACCAUUUGCUGGUUCUUCUCAUGCUAAGGGCAUCGUCUUGGAAAAAAUUGGUAUUGAGGCAAAACAGCCAAACUCUGCCAUCCGUAAGUGUGCCAGAGUUCAGUUGAUCAAGAACGGAAAGAAGAUUGCUGCUUUCGUGCCAAAUGAUGGUUGCUUAAACUACAUCGAGGAAAAUGAUGAAGUUUUGAUUGCCGGAUUUGGUCGUAAGGGGCACGCUGUCGGUGAUAUUCCCGGAGUCAGGUUCAAGGUUGUGAAGGUCUCAGGUGUCUCUCUUUUGGCUCUCUUCAAGGAGAAGAAGGAGAAGCCUAGAUCCUAGAGUAUGUUUUUUUUGUUAUUUAAUAUCGAACCGAUGUGAGGAAGCUCGAGUUUAGUGUUUGAUUUAGAUUUGGUAAUCUCUUUUCUCAAAUCUGAACUUUCAGGACAUGUUAAUUGUGAAGAUAUGUCAACAAUUUUUGUUAUGCUUUGUUUUUCCCGAUGCUUAUUA